AUUACAAGAUGAGAAGCCAAGUGAUAUGAAAGAAUCAGAGUGGAGUACAAUCCAAAAGAAGGCUGUCAGCACAAUUCGGUUGGCACUGUCCCCACAUAUUAAAGUGACAGUGCUGAAAGAGACAUCACCAAAGAAGCUGUGGGAAACGUUGGAGAGCAAGUUUGCAUAGAAGACACUUACUAACCGGUUGAUGAUGAGGAUGGACUUGUACUCACUGAAGAUGGAAGAGGGAGGUAGCAUAACUGAUCACAUCAACAAGUUUAAUGAGCUAGUAUCAAGGCUGUUAAAUGCAGGGGAGACUAUCAAGGAUGAAGAGCAAGGGCUGCUUCUACUGGCUUCACUACCAAAAUCCUUUAAGCCGUUUGUGGAGUCAAUGAUAGCAGGAAGGACUACACUGCGACUAGAUGAGGUGAUGACUGCCUUGAAGGAGAGUCAAAGGAUGAUGGGAGGUGAAGAGUCUUCUGGGGGCAGUUAUUUACUAGCUGCUGUGAGUGUUGAGAAAGGGAGGAAGAAGAAGAGUGACCAACUUUGGAGAAGAUCUCAGCUGAGAGACAUGAGCAUUGUUAGGUGCUAUUACUGUGAAAAGUUGGGUCACACGAAGAACGGUUGUCCAGAACUCAAGGAGGAUUUGCAGAUUCUAAAGGAGAAGAAAGGCAAAUCAAAGGAAGCUUCUUCCGCAAAUGUGAUCACUUAUGAAGAUGAUCUCUUCUGAAGAUAAGAGUAUAACAAAUGGGUUAAAAGGGG